AUGUUGGCCAUCAGGCAAAAUGCUCUUGGACAUAUUCGAUAUGUUUUGAAAGACAGAUUAAAAUGGCUUCCUUUGUACGGGUGGUAUAUUUCUCAGCAUGGUGGAGAGUAUGUGAAACGAAAUGCCAGAUUUAAUGAAAAGAAAAUGAGGAACAAGUUGCAUAUCCAGAUGAAAGCAAAAACCCCAAUUUACUUUGUGAUUUUUCCAGAAGGAACACUUUAUGUUCCAGAGCUGCCCAAAGUCAUUGCAGAUAGUCAGUCAUAUGCUGAUAAGGAAGGUCUCACAGUACUGAAACAUGUGCUUACUCCACGGGUGAAGGCCACUCAUGUUGCUGUUGAUUCAAUGAAGAGCUACUUAGAUGCAGUUUAUGAUGUUACAGUAGCCUACGAAGGUACUGUGGAUCAUAAAGGACAAAGGAAAAUGGCACCAUCCAUGACUGACUUUCUUUGUAAGGAGUGCCCAAGAAUUCAUAUCAAUAUUGAACGAAUUGAGCUAAAAGACAUUCCAGCAGAACAAAUGUUUAUGAGAAGAUGGCUUCACAAACGUUUUGAAGUCAAGGACAAAUUGCUAAUAGAAUUUUAUGAUGCAAAAGAUUCUCAAAGAAGAAAUAGGUUCCCAGGGAAAAGUGUUCACUCCAAACUAAGUCUCCAGAAAACAUUGCCAUCCUUAUUGUUUUUAAGCGGCGAAACUUUACAUGAAAACAUGGAUAUAUGGGAGCUUAUUAGGCUGUCUCUGGGUCAGUAUUAAGGCGUAAAAACUCUGCACUUUCAUUCAGUGGGCUUUUCUCUCUUGCUUUGCACAUCACUUCAAAUUCUUUCCUAAAUUUAUAUUAAAAUUUUAAAUAAAGUCUUAUCAAUUGAAUAUUGUAUCAACA